GCUCGCCUCCUGUUCCUCGCCGCAGAGUUCAGUCCCGGCAGCGGUAGGGGUGACUCGCUAGCAAUAGAUGCCAGGCGCCAAGAUUUGCAUCCUUAAGCCGCGCUGAACGCCAGAAGAAGAGAGAAGGAAGCAGAGAAGCCCCGGGAAGGCGGGGACGGGAGGUGCGGAAAUCCCCUCCUAAAAGGCAGAAGCCGUCGCCCCCACCAGAGAGCUCCGUGCCGGCUGCUCGCCUGCUUGCUGCCGCUGCCACGAGCGCCCGCCUCUCCCCAGCCAUGCCAGGCCCGGCCGCCGACGAGGGGAAGGUCCCCUUCCGCACCGCCAAGGAGGAAAUCCGUGUGGGCUUCGGGGUCGAGGGCUCGGAGGGCGGCGGCGGCGGCCGGGAGAAGCCCGGCGCGCGCGGGCGGCGGCAGGACAUCGUCUGGAGGAACGUCUUCCUGAUGAGCCUGCUCCACUUGGGGGCCGUGUACUCCCUGGCGCUCAUCCCCAAAGCCCAGCCGCUCACUCUGCUCUGGGCCUACUUCUGCUUCCUCCUGACUGCUCUGGGUGUGACAGCUGGUGCCCAUCGCUUGUGGAGCCACAGGUCCUACAAGGCCAAGCUGCCUCUGAGGAUAUUUCUGGCCGCUGCCAACUCCAUGGCUUUCCAGAACGACAUCUUCGAGUGGUCCAGGGACCACCGAGUCCACCACAAGUACUCGGAGACCGACGCUGAUCCCCACAACGCCCGCCGGGGCUUCUUUUUCUCCCAUAUCGGGUGGCUGUUUGUCCGCAAGCAUCGGGAUGUUAUCGAGAAGGGGAGGAAGCUUGACGUCACCGACCUGCUGGCUGAUCCUGUGGUCCGGUUCCAGAGAAAGUACUACAAGAUCACCGUGGUGCUCAUGUGCUUCAUGGUCCCCACACUGGUGCCCUGGUGCAUCUGGGGAGAGAGUCUGUGGAAUUCCUACUUCCUGGCCUCCAUCCUCCGCUACACCAUCUCACUCAAUGUCACCUGGCUGGUCAACAGUGUCGCCCACAUGUACGGAAACCGGCCCUAUGACAAGAAUAUCAGCCCUCGGCAGAACCCGCUCGUCACCCUGGGCGCCAUCGGUGAAGGCUUCCAUAACUACCAUCACACCUUUCCCUUUGACUACUCUGCGAGUGAAUUUGGCUUAAAUUUCAACCCAACCACCUGGUUCAUUGACUUCAUGUGUUGGCUGGGGCUGGCCACUGACCGCAAACGGGCAACCAAGCCGAUGAUCGAAGCCCGGAAAGCCAGAACUGGAGAGGGCAGCGCCUGACCCUGGAACCGCUAUCCACGUCCUCUGUCAACGCCUCGGUUCAUGGUCUUUUUGUUACUACACUUCUCUUGUUCAUUGGA